AUUAUUGACAUACGAAGUGUGAAAACAUGGCCACUGAGCUCCUAAAGACAUCUUUUAGGGCUUAGACUGGCCUGUUUUCUUCAGUUUUAAACCGUGUAAAGUAUUUUAUUCUUGUACCAAGUGUUCAUUUGUCCGUAGAAAAGUGGUUUAAAAGUUUUUAACCAUCGUCUUGUGUGUUCUGCAAUGCCACUAUCCAUGAAAACUAGUUGUCUGGUCAGGAAGGUCUCCCAGUUUUUAUCAAGGAUUCUUUCAACCUCUCUUCAAACCGUCUGAAGGAAUCUGAAAAUUGUUCUCGUUCCUGACUUGUCUCCUAAAUUUUUACUUAGCAUUGCUCACUUGAUCACUGCCUUUCAGCCAAAAUGGAUGAUCAAGUUAGUUGCCCCGUCUGUACUCUGUACCUGCGAAGUGGAAUAACACUUGCUGACCAUCUCAACACUCAUCCGAAGGAAAGCGUUAUAGCAGCCUUUGUCAACACAAUCAACAAGAAGCCUGAUCCAGCAAGCGGCUCUCCUGACAAUGGAAACAUUAACAAUGUCCCUUCGGUGAUGUAUCAGCAGUUUGUUAACAACUACGGACCAGUCAACAAUGGCAACUAUCACAAUACGGUCAUUACGGCAAAUGUUCCAAAUCCCCCAAAUUCAACUACGAUUCCUGUAAUUGUCAGCCCUCCUUCUCAGCAGUUGCCUCAAUUAUCAGGUAAUCCUGAACCAUAUCCUGUCAACUACAAUCCUUAUCAACCUGUGUAUAACUAUGAUUAUCCAACUUUGCCAACAUCAUAUCCUCCAAUGACCCCAUUUCCUCAUGGCCAAGUAAAUACCCAAGAAAGGAGUAAUGGAACAACAGAAAUAGAUCCGCUCUCUAACCAGACUACUGAAAUUCCAGAAAUUCCCUUUAACCCUCCUCCAGUUCUAAACAGUGAUACCCAAAAUGGGGCAACUCAUGCUAGCUCUGACACCAACGUCUGCGCAGACAAAACUAAUAGAGAAGGGGAUGAUUCUCAUAAUAAUGAAGCGGAGAACAGAUACAAUUGUGAAAGGCAAGACGCAACGAAUCCAUGCUCUGAAAAUUGUGAAGGCGAUUUCCUUGACCUUGAUAAUCAAAAUCAUAAUACAAACAUAGGGACGGUGAUCUCCAAUAGCCAUCAGAUCAUUUCUCAAGAUGAGUACAACGAAACUGAAGUGAAUAGCAUUCCAUCUGAGUCACUUCCAGUGGAAGAACCAAGCAGCACUGAUAUUCAGAAUGGAUUAUAUUUCUCUGAAGCAGCUAGUAGUAGUCAAAAUGACGAUGAGAUGUUCAUUGCUCCGGAACACUGCAGAGAUUUUCCUGUCAGCUCUAAUAUCUCAAGCCCAAGAAGUCAUCAUAGCUCAAUGGAAAGCCUACUUUCAGAUAGUGACGAUGAAGAAUUUGUCAUCUGUGAUGAUAUUGAGACUGCUAAAAGAAAUGAGAGGGAAAGCAACCAUCACAGUAAAGACAAGAAUGGAAGCGGGUCUUAUUUCCAUCAAGGAGAUCCUCUUGACUCGGAGGAAGAUGUAGACGACCCUGAUGACAUUGAUGAUGAUUCUGUGAUACUUUCACCAAUCAUUAAUAUAGAAACUGAUGAGAUGAUGCCUCCCCAUGGAGAACUUUCUGGUCAAGACAGUAUGAGUGAAAACUCCCUGUGGAGCAAUCAUUGUGACAACAGCUCUCCACCCUACCAAAUUUUAUAUGAAGUGAAACAAGAAGCUGAAAAUAAAGGACUCCGGGAACAGGGAGAAGAUGUGAAGCCAGAGAAGUGCCCGACAUGCUCUGCUAGCUUCAGUCAUCCUGACCGCUACAAAAUUCACAUUCAAUCAUGCUCUGUCAAGAAUGAAGAUCCGCUUGCUGGAAGCUCCAAAGACAUGAGAAAUUUCAGCACUACUUCAGAGAUGGAUGAGAAAAAGUGUGACGAUAAGAAGAGGUUUCAAUGUAUUUGUUGUAGCAUGGACUUCGAGUCUCAAAAGUUAUUAUCAGAGCAUGUCAAUCUAGUCCACAGUUUGAAGUCAAACCAAUGCCCAACAUGUCUUGAAGUUUUUACUUCAAGUAUUGACUUCAAAACACAUGUUCGCACUGUUCAUCCCUUGGAGUGCACGAUUUGUGGUAAAUAUUUUAACACUCGAGCAGGUCUGCAGCUUCAUCGAAAACGUCAUUUAUCAAUAAGGCCAUAUUCUUGUUCAAGUUGUAAUAAAUCUUUUGUCACCAAACAGAAGCUUCAAGAACACAUGAAUGUACACCUUAAUAGAGCUCCAAUUAAAUGCAAACUCUGCCCUGAUAAUGUUUGCUUCAAAAGCUAUUCCAACCUCAUCCAACAUCGAAGAGUUGUUCAUGCAAAAUUAGGCAAAAAAAUCAAAGAUUACUUUUGUGACUGUGGUGAACUUUUCCACUCAAAAAAGAGACUUUUUUGGCAUGCUGAAACACAUGGAAAACCUAAAGCUUGUAGGUUUUGUUCAAGGAAGUUUAUGCAUUUAUCAAGCCUGACACGGCAUAUCAGACGCAUGCACGAUCAAAGCUUUUUGCCGAAAGUAGAACGCGAAAAUAGGGAAAAUGUGUCUUGUCCAGUUUGCAAACAGACAUUUUUAAGAACCUCCUUGGCCAGUCACUUGCAGACACAUUCUGGCAAAAAGCCCUACUCUUGCGAUAUUUGCAAUAAGAACUUCACUACAAAAUGGAACCUUAAUGCUCAUCGUUGGAUACACAUGUCGCGAAAGUUGAAACCUCACAAGUGUAAGCUAUGCAAUGCAGCUUUUGUUCAUUUAACAGAUUUACAAGCUCAUGAAAGAUCUCACUCAAAAACUAGACCAUUCUCAUGCAAUCAUUGUGGGAAGCAGUUUAUUCAUCAGUAUAAUUGUAUUCGUCACGUUCGGGAACAUGAGCAAGAGAAACGAUUCACCUGCGAGGUGUGUAAAAAAACAUUUCAUAGAAGCUACUAUUUAAGUGAGCAUCUCAAAAUUCAUACAGGCUUCAAACCUUUUUCAUGUCACAUUUGUGGGAAGCUAUCUACUACUAAAUCCAAUCACAAUAAACAUGUGCGGACCCAUCAUGCUCGAGAGCCUGUUAGCAGUGAAGUCUAAGGAAUUUAUCCGUCUAUGCCGUGCACUUUUUACAUUUUUCGUAAGCGUAUCUUGUAUUAUUCGUAAUUUGGUGUUCUUUUUUUUUCGAAAGCAGUACUAUUCAAAUUAUUUAUUUUCGUCUCGUUGUUAGGUUGUUGUAAAUCUUAAUUUUCAUUUUUUAUUUUUUACUUGUCGACUAAGACUAGAUUUGCCAAAAAAUGUAAGUCUCCUAUCUUGUUUUCAUUUCCAAGGAAUGAAGUAAUGAUUUUUUCCCCGUUGUUGUUUCUUUUAAAUUUUGACUUUGAAACAAAAUCUCAAUGUACUCUAAAAUGCAAGUCAAACAAGUAUUCACGUCCACAUGACAGGAAUAAUCUCCUUAAAAUGUGAUAGUCCACAGAAAAAGAGACCUUAGUGCAGAAAAACUCAAAUUCAAGAUGUCAAGACUAAUGCCUAGAGGUGUCUUUUACAAACAUGUUAUCAUUAGAGUGUCCAAUCAAAUUCGAUUUAUAAUUCUUCAAAGUAUAUGUUUUCAAAAUUAUAGUUUCGAGAAAAAGCUGCUCAAAGUUUAGAUCUGCCAUGUGUCUGUCUCAGAAUGGAGCUCUUGCAUGUCGCAGAGAUUCAAGUUUUGGGUACUUUUUCUUAAACAAAAUUUCAUAGAAACGGAAUCGGGCCACUGGUUUUCCUGAAACAAACUCCCAAGCCGAAAAGAAGCUCUCAAAGUUAAGGCUGUAAUGGAGGGAUCACCUACAUCACGAUGAGAGUCCACCUCUAUGUCCAGUCAAACUCUCCAUGCAUAGAUAGGGUGCAAAUACAUUAGUAAGGCCGCUAAGGCUGCAGCUUUGGAACACUCUUAUUAAGUACUAACCCUCCUGAUGUAUCUACUCUCUACCUGUGCAUGGAGAAUUUAAUCGGACACAGAGGUAGACUCUCACCCUGACGUUGGUGAUCGCCUCCAUUCUGGCCCCAACUGAGCCUGGGAGUUUAGUGUACAGAAAACCAAUUGGCACCAUCAUGUUUCUCAUGAAAUUUUACGUCAUCAUAAAUUUUUAAAUUGAAAAUCCUUGUAGGAUGCGAAAUCUCCAUCUUCCAUAUUGUACUCGUACAAUUACAUAUGCUCUUGUCUUAGAAAAAUGAACUAAACUGCUUGAAGGUUAUUUUUUAAGGCACUGCUGCUGACUAUUUCUCAUUAGAACCUCAAGUUAAGAUUUUUUAUUCUAAUGUGGCAAGACUCGCUCUUCAGGAAACUGUUUCUCUUGCAUUAGUGUCCCCAUUCCUGUAAACGAUUACAAUUAUAUACAAUAUUUUUUUUUUUCUUUUGCAAAGCUAGCUUAUUUAUUGAAAUUUAAUUUGUUUAAAGUCAGUGAGUCUCUGUCACAGGGUUUUUUUACAGAAGUAAUUUUAGUAUUUUAUGAACGUCAGAAAGAUUAUGACAAGAAGAUUACUCAUAUUUUGUUCACUUCUUCUUUUCUCAUCAGAUUAUGCUGGUUUCAGAUGAAUUCAUGUAUUAUUUUCUUUUUUUGAAAAAAAAAAUCAAUCCUAAGUCUUUCAUGAAUAUCUGAAAAUCAGAUUUUGUAUGCUCAGGAUGUCAUGUCUUGAUUUUACAUUUUACUGAAAUGAAUGAGGCUAUUGCUAUCAAUAAUUUUAGUUCUGAAUUUUCGUUUAUUUGUGAUCUCAUCGUCAUUUGUGUUGGUAUCAUUGAAUAAUAAGGAACAAGUUCAGUUAAAAUUAAUUGAAAAUACAGUUUUAUUAGUUGUGAUCAUCCAUGGGAGAAGGAGCCAUCGUGUUUUAAAGCAGGUAUUGAUGUCACUACUUAGAGGAUUGUUUCACCAACAUUUCAGCACGAAAAAUACGUUUUGAUUUUGAACCAAACUUUAGUCGCAGCCGUUUGAUAUUAGCUGCUGAAGGAACGUAGUAUCUAGAGAAAAACUACUUAUGGAAAGAUGUAAUAAGCCAUGUUCAAGCUCAAAAAUUUGCCUCUCGACACGCAAAGGCCCUUUACUCAUGGACAGUUACAUUUGUGAUGAAGUCGGAUGAAGGCGCUCUCAAGAUAAAAACUGAAUAGUUAAGCACUACAUAAAAAUCAGUUUUAGAUGAGAAAAAUUAAUUUUCAUCGUGUAAUUGAUUCAAAGUGCGUUCUAAUAUUGUAAAGAUCAUCUGGUGAGAGUUCCAAGUCGUACUUUCUGUUAUCGUUAAUGUUGUAAGCUUUUACUCUCAUUUUUUUUUUAUUUUUUCACUGAGAGGGCCUUUUUGCAUGUCUUCAGUACAUUUGGUUUGUAUCGUGUUCUAAUUUUAAAUUGCAUUUAAUAGGUAACGGCUGAUUUUCAUCGCAAUUAAAGGGUCCAGUGUAUGAGUAUGUCAAGUAACUCCUUUGUUACUUUCAAAAAAUCAAGUUUUGAGGUUAAAAAAUUGUAAAAGGCCUGUUCCAGAAUAUGUUUUCUUUUGUUUGUUUUUGCAUUUAAUGUUCCGAGGCUGUCCUGAGAAGUAUCAAUAAGGAUCUAAGAUUUUUGAAAAAUUCCGUUAGUAAAUUCAUGAGCAGGGCCCUUCAAGUGUGUAUUUAUCUGUAAGUUUCAAGGGGGGUUUCCUGUUGAAACUUGGAAGUUUUUUGCCAUCAUUAUUCCUUAGCAGUAUUUUGAAGGUGUAGAAAUACUUUUCCUUCAACUUGGCCUGCCUCUUAAUAUUCAAAGGGGAGAUAUGCUUUGUACUCAACAAAACCAGGCCUCUGAAUGAACAGGAGCACUAGUGCUCAUUUCAGUUGUAUGCCCUUAUAUGCUGACUUUAUUUCUUUUUGUACUAGAUGACUUCCUUCUACUGAAAGUUUAAAACUUAAUAUUGCAAAAGAGACAAAGACUUCCCUGCACAUGAGUCAUUUUUCAGUUGAAUUUGGUGGAAGUUUGAAAUUACCUAUCUUCAUAUCAUCUUGCACAAAAAACAUGCAGAACGCUUGGAGAUUCUACCUGCUGUUAAUGACAUUUGCCCAUGAACAUUCAUGAUAAUAAGGUCUCGCCUUGCCAGAGUUCAAUGUAGAUACGGUUCAUUUGAUACAAAAUUACCACACCAUUUAUUUUUCAUGGCUUGUCAGUGUUUGAAGUAUUCGAUGGGACAUCCCAUUAAUACUGGCAAAUACCAGAGAAUUUUUUCCCUUCUUCAAACGAAAGCCCAGAAAUAUUGCUUACCGUAUGUACAAAAAUAAAUAUGUCUAUCUCUUACAUCUUGAAUUCAAUUUUCAUUCUUUUUAGGACAUGCCGAAUCAAUUACUUCCUUCCUCUGAGAAAUCUCCAGUAAUCUCAGCCUUAGAAAGCAAGCAUUACGCAAGGAAUAAAUACGUUUGUACUGUCCUCUGUAAACUUGAAACUUAACGUGUUCAAUUUGUAUCAUAGGUUUUUGAUUUCCGUGCAAUUGUACAUAUAAUAUUUAAAUAAACGUUUAAGAAAUCGA